GGACAGCAGUCAAGCUGAGCCUUACUCAUCUGUACCACCACGCCCCAAUUACCCCACUUCCUCUUCCAGAGCUCCAACACAACCUGCGCGCUCUCCGGAGGUCUACUAGCAGCAGGUAUCAAAGUAUACGCAACGAACAACCCAAAUCAUGUCACAAGAACCUCUCCUGCCUUCCUACGGCGCAGCCACCCAGCGCCCCCGCUCGAGCGAGUACCGUCUUGUCGCGAAAUACACCAAUACCGCGCGCGCACUGAUGAACACCCUCUUCGUGUUUGUCUCCUGUGUCAGCGCUAUCUUUGCGACUAUCUGGGCAAGUCGGAGCAGUGGCACAAUUGCGGAUCACCCUGAUAUCCCAUACACCGGCUCCGCACCUCUCCUGCCAUAUUUCGCGUCCAUCUCUCUCGUCAUAUCAAGUUGUUUCUGGAUCGCCUUUCUCGUCUUCGUCGCGCAUGACAAAGACGGUGGCUCGGUACUCAAGCGCAAGAUCAUUAUUGGUGUUGCGGUUGUGGGGAAAGUGGUACUUGCAGCGGCUCAUGUAGCGAUCUGGCAGACAUACAAGAUGUGGUAUGAAGGGCUUAAGACACCGAAUUGGGUAGUUGUGUUCAUGGCUGCACAGGCUUGGUUUGAUGUGGUGUUCGUUGGGGUUCACGGAUGGGUGGUGUGAGCGCUUCUUUUAAAGAGGAUAGAGUAACAGGAAAGGCUA